AGUUGUGUCUGAGGAAGAACGGGUAAACUGACAGAAGUUCCGCCGUUCUCUACGAAGCUCUAUAGUGUAAAGUUUUAUGGUGGACGGCUACGGCGAGUGAGGAAGCGUCCAGCCCGCCCAUACUGUGAGGUCAUUAGAUGGCUUGGGUUUAAGGGCAGUCUGUUACAAGAAGCAUCGGCUGUCAUGGGAACGGUUUGCUUAUGAGUCCUGGAGUCACUCGGGAAUUUCUUCAGUGCCGCUUCCAUGAACCUGCACAGCCUGACAUGUUCAAUUCUGAAGCCUUCAACCCCUUACGUGACCGUUUUCCUAUUUUAAUCAUAAGGUAAUUGCCUCCUAACUCAGACUCUUGGGUCGACCAGAUUAAAAAUAAAUAAAUAAAAGCAAUGAAGAGUCGUUCUCCUUCUCCACCAUUACAUCUUCACGUGGAUGAAAAUACUCCGGUCCAUGUCCACAUUGAGAAGGGUCAUAAAGCCACCAAUAAAUUACAGGAUAAACCAUCAGAGAGCAAAAUGAGAGCUGAGAGUGCAAACCUGCGUCGCACCAAGAAGAUCAAAACAAAGGUCCCAUGGAUCCCACCUGGAAAAACUUCUGCCCAUGGCAGUGGCUUGAAGUGGGAGGGAAUUACACAUCGUUUGGAUAUCACACCUCCAGAUACUGAGAAGAUGGUCUCAGCUUUGCGUCUCAGUGACCUUUCUACAGAAGGAGGUACCAUCCACCGCAAAAUCAACACCUACGAAAAGAAGAUUGAUUCCUUGGUCAACAAAGUUGAAACCCUAAAGCACGAGGUGGAGCUCAAGAAGAAAGAACACGUCCUGGAGCGUUAUGAGGGGAAAUUGUCUGCUUCCAAAAAGCUCCUGGAGGAGCAGAAGGACAAACUAGCCAAAGUGUCACUGGAACUGGAAGAGACUGAACAUGAAAACGCACGUUUGAAAAUGAGCAUAGAGCGGAUUAAUGAAGAGAAGGACCUAAAUCUGUUACAGAAACAACAGCUGCAAGAAGAGAAGUGUCAUCUCCUUUCUAAACUGAUGGAAGCCGAGAUGGACGGUUCAGAGGCUGCCAAGCAAGUGGGGAUCCUGCGUGAUACCGUCGACAGGAUGAAAUAUGAAAAGAGAAUGUCCUCCACUGAUGUAAGCCUGCUAACCAGACAGAAGGAGAUCCUGCUUCAAAAACUGAGUACUUUUGAAGGCACCAACAAGGCACUUCGGACACUGCUUAGGGAGCAGCAUUGCAGAGAGACAGAAAAACAACAGCUUCUUUCCCAAAUAGAACUGCUUAUGAAGAAACUGUCCGACUCCGACACUGAGAAAACACAUCUCCAGCUGAGGCUUUAUGAGAAAGAGAAGGAAGUCGAUGACCUUCUUCUUCAACUGCAGACAGAAAAGGAUAAAGCUCAGAAAGCGUCAGAACUGUCCAAGUCUCUGGAUGCAACAAAAGCUCAUUUGCAGGGGCAGCUAAGAAGUCGUGAGGCAGAGAACAACCGCCUGACUGUCCAGCUCAAGAAUCUGGAGCGUGCUGAAGUCCAGCAUAAGAUAGAAAUGGAGAAGACGAAGGAACAUUACAACGAAAUGAAGCAAAAGGUGGACUCUGACAAAGAUGCCUUGAAAAAAUCCGCCAGAGCAUUGAAACAGCGGGCAGAACGCAGCGAGGAGACGGUGCAAACACUGAAUGCGCAGCUUGCAGAAAAAAAUGCAGAACUGGCUAGGUCCCUGUCUGACAUCGACAACUGGAAAAGCCGUCACAGCGCCUUUAUGAAGGACAAGAGUGAAAUGGAGAAGGUCAUCGGUACACUGAACAAUCGUAUAACAGAACUGCUGGAAGAAAUUCAGAUCAAUGAUGAGAAGUCACGUCUGGAUCAGGAAUCACUCAUGGACAAACUUCACCAGCAGAAUAGAGAGAAUACCUUUUUGAAACUAGAGCAUGAGAAACUAAAGUCUACUUUGGCCACAGCGGAGGAGAAACUGGCAUUUUCUCACAAUGAAGUACAACAGCUGAAGAGUUCCCUGCAUCAGUAUGAAGGUCUGGUGGAUACCUACAAAGAUCAGGUUGAAAAGGCUCGGAUGGAGGCUCGUGAAGUCUGCAAGCAGCUGGAUAAGUGCGACAAAGAGACUAAAACUCUAGAGACACUAAAGGAUCUGGAAGUUGAAGAGGUACGGAGGAGUUACCAUGCAAGUGUGGAGAUGGUAAAGCAAUCAGAGAGGAAACUUCAAGAUUGUCAAGAACUGCUGCUGGAUCAGGAGCGAAAGAACAUAGAACUCACCCGUAUCAUCUCUGACAUGCGCACUGGGAUGGAGAAACAAGGAGAAAAAGUUUUGUCAACAAGAGAGAAGUACCAGUCUGCUUUAGAGGAAAACCACCGUUUAGUUACUAAACUAGCAGAUCUGGAAAGGAAACUGGAUGAUGCAGGAAUCCAACAGAGAGAUCUUAUGCAGAUUGUGGCCAAACAAGAAGAGUCUCUCCAGCAGGGCCAGUGGAAGCUAGAAGAAAAGAAUCGUGAAUGUGCAGCUCUGGCACGCCAGCUGAACGCUUCCAUUGAAGAAUCCUGCAGACAGGUUAAUCAAGCAAGAGAAUCCGUGACAUCUAAAGAAAGGGCAACACAGUCAAAAAUCCUGGAUCUUGAGACCCAGCUUAGCAGAACCAAAGCUGAACUGAACCAAAUCCGCCGCACCAAAGAUGAUACUGAACGCCGAUUCCAGAGCCGUCUACAGGAUCUGAAAGACAGAUUGGAACAGUCCGAGAGCACCAACCGCAGCAUGCAGAACUACGUUCAGUUCCUGAAGUCCUCUUACUCUAAUGUAUUCGGAGAGGCUGCCUUUUCCAGCACCCCUAUUCACCCUCAAACUCCGAUUUAGAAAGGAUUUGGAAGUCACUCUUCC